UAGAACAGACGUAGAAGCUGAACGAGGUAAGGAGCGAAAGUGCACUGGGAAAUCAUGGCGAAAAGAUUGCUACUCGAUUACCACAAGACUCUGCCGCUCAAUGGACUGCAAGCCGCCACAGUUUUGCUUCUCAUUUAUGGGUUUACCUGUGUGAGCAGUAACGAGGUGCUGGUCCCAGAGAUGGUGAGUGCUGUGCUGGGGAAGAACAUUACACUGGGCUGCAGGGUGGAGGUGGGCACCAACCUCAGCCUCACCCAGAGCUCCUGGGAGCGUCGCCUGCCCUCAGGCACCAUCACCCUAGCCGUCUUCAACCCCCAGUUUGGCAUCUCCAUCUCCCCAGACUACGCCAGGCGCCUGUCCUUCCUGAACCCCUCCGUGCACGAUGCCACCAUCGUCCUGGAAGGCGUGGGUUUUCAGGACAUCGGGUCUUACACGUGUAAAGUGGCGACUUUCCCGCUGGGCAACACGCAGGCAUCCACCACCGUCAAUAUACUAGUGGAGCCCAAGGUCUACGUCUCCGCCGGCUCUACGGCCCUGGUGGAUGGUGGUAAUGAGUCGGUGGCGGCCACCUGCAUAGCGGAGCGCGGCCGGCCUGCAGCCGAGGUGUCAUGGGAGACUGAGCUGUUUGGCCACUCUGUGGUCCAGACGCAGGACGAGCCCAACGGCACCUCCACCACCCAGGUGCUCUAUGUGUUGGAGCCACGGAGACACUCCCAGGGCCACACCCUCACCUGUGUGGUGCGCCACCCGGCCCUGCAGACUGAGUUCAGGAUACCCUACGUGCUCAAUGUGCAGUUUGCUCCUGAGGUGACGGUGGUGGGGUAUGACCAGAACUGGUUUGUUGGUCAAGAGAAUGUGAAGCUGGACUGUGGAGCCAAAGCAAACCCACCUGCCCACCACUUCUCCUGGACCAGGUUGGAUGGGCCGAUGCCUGACGGUGUGGAUAUAUUGAACAACACUUUUAGUUUCACUCGUCCUCUGGAGAGAAAUGACUCUGGACUGUACAGGUGUGAGGUGUCCAAUGACAUCGGUCCACGCAGUCAGGACGUUCACGUCUGGAUACAAGAUCCUCCCCCCACCACGGCACCAGUCCCCACCACCUCUACUCCCCUCUUCCUGGACACCAGUGACACCAGCACGGCUCCCAACAAGCGACGAGGAGCGAGCGGCCACUUCACCUCCCCCACCCUGGCCUCCCUGUCAGACAGCAGCCUGGGUACCAUAGUGGGCGGGGCCGUGGGCGGGGUCCUGCUCCUAGUGCUGCUGCUGAUCCUGGGCGGAGCCUGCUUCAUGCGCCAACGGAGGACCUUCAGGGGGGACUACUACACCAAGCAGUACCUGGGCCCCUCCGACAUGCAGAAGGAGUCCCAGCUGGACGUGCUCCAGCCACACGAGCUGCAGGAGGUCUACGGGGACGGGCAGAACUCUACCUGCAAGGAGCUGAAACCCAAGCCGGGAGGGGACAUCAUUUACCCCAACGACUACCCCAACGACAUCAAGGACAGGGAGGACUGGGGCGACGGCCACAGGGGCCUCCGGGAGGGCAGCUACCAACCUGCUGAGAACCACAACAACAUCCACCACCCCAGAGGGCUGCCUGUUCAAACCCCCACAGUGACCAACGGCUCCCCCUACCUGCCGGAGGACUGCUAUGACAAUGGCACAGACAGCGAAUAUGUGUCCCACAUGGAUGGGUCUGUGAUCUCACGCAGGGAGUGGUAUGUCUGAGAGCUACAGGGGAGCUGGAAAAUACCUUUUGGCUCAAAGUGACUCAGUGAGACAAUAAUUUAACAGGUGUUGAAAUAGAUAUAUUAUAGAGAAUUUAUAUCAAUUCAAUAAACAGACUCUUCUAUACAAGAAUGAACAUUCCCGGCUGAUUUUUGUGCUCUGACUCUAACCACUGACCCCAAGAACUUCUAUAUGACUUCCAUAUGGUGUGUGUUAUAACGUCGUGGUAUCUCAACAGAUGAUUGCAGGCUGGAAAUGGCAGUAAUCUGCUGUCAUUAUCCGCUUAACUUUAGAACUAGUGUUCAUUUGGCAAGGGUUUCUUUGUACUACGUUGUUUCAACAGAUGUGAGCGGUUCACAUUGUGUCGUUCUGCUUUUAUGUAUGUAAACACCUGUCUUACGUCAUGAGUCUGGCAUUUCAGCCCUCAUUAGUGAAAUAUUUCUAUCCCUUUUUAACAUUCUGAACUAUGUGCCCAUAUGUUGCAUCAAUUCAAACCCCUCAUAUUCAAUGACGACACCAAAACAAAUUACACUUUAUUGCUUGCCUGUAAUCAUAUGACUUUUUCAUAAAGGUUACAUUCUGAUUGCUUCUUGCUGUUGAGAGCACCUAAAUCAGAUUGUUAUAUUUUAGUUUUCAAACUGUUAUACAGAUGUGAAAGGGAAAAGGAUUCAACAAUGUGACAAAAAGGGAGCAAUUUGCCAAGUUUAGUGUUCUAGAUGACGAUAGAACAUAUCCACAUGUUGAUGUGAGCAUGAUGUACAGUGAUACUGUCAGGACUAUGGGACAUGAUAUGACUCUUAGGCACAUCGGAGGAAUACAUCUCAAGGUUUGCAUCUAUUUAGGACAGAGUAUUGCACAUGUUCUUUAGCAUUGGUGGAACAUUCUAGGUUGUGUCCCAAAUGGCAGCCUAUUCCCUAUACACUCAGUGACCAGUUUAUUAGGUACCCCCAUCUAAUCCUGACUGCCAUCAGCACGAUGCGAUAGGAACUGGGAUUCGUCGGACCAGGCAAUUUUUUUCCAGUUGUCCAGUGUUGGUGACCGCUUCUUCUUGUUUUUAGCUGAUAGGCGUGGAAUCCAGUGUGUGUCAGUAUGUUCUGUGAUGGAUUUUUUCUAGUACACAACCAGGCACCAUGACAUGGGCCCUGGUCAAAAGUAGUGCACUAUAUAGGGAAUAGGGUGCCAUUUGGGACACAGUCCAUGACAUGA